AUGUCCCAUCGUCUGACAGACUUUUAUGAUGCGAGUCCCGCAAACUCUCCUAAACUACAAAGACAAAAGCUGCUGCAACAUUCUGCCAAACCACAAUUGGCCAAAGCGGCGCCAGUAUAUGGACGCGCAACAACUGCAGCAUCAACAACAGAAUUGAGUCUUCCCCCAAACGCGCCAGGAAUGCCACCAUUGCCUUCCAGUACACGGUCAUCGGCCACAUCGUCGCCUGUGAGCCCGGUGAUUUCCCGUGCAACGGCGGCUGGGUACUCUGCGACUCUUUCGCUAUCAGACGCGUCAGCCAAGCUUAAGGCAGCUGGACGUAUGUGUGGACCUGUUUCUUCUUCUUCUUCAGCAUCAUCAUCUUCUUCUUCUUCUUCGUCUUCGUCCGUAAAUGGGAAAGGACACCACCGACAUUCAUCAUCAUCAGUAGCAAGCACACCAAUAGAGAGUGUGGAGAAUAGCCCACAAGACUCGGUGGUACGAAUAUCAUCUCCAAUUCCUGUGGUUCUGUCACCUGUUCCACUACGUCAAUCUAGCUUGACCUCACCCGUGGGGUCCCCGCUUUCGUCAUCCCCGCCAUCUUCACUUCAAUUUAUACCCAGCGGCAGCACAAGCAAUUCUCGCCGCACAGCAAUACCCAAGACCCGCAGCCCGAUGGGAGCCUCGGUCUCGACACCAGCGUUAAUUCCAGUUUCAGUACCAGUUCCGUCACGCUCGUCGUCACCUCAUAAAACUACCCCAUCACCAGGACACAAUGGCUCAAGCUAUCACAGUAACCACCACCAUGGCUACGGUCACCACCACGCAUCAUCGUCGUCAAUGUCUGCAGCUGCGUCUGCGGCGUUACGGCAGCAAACAAUAUCACCGCCAGGGGGGCUGUCGACGUCGGUGACGUUCGGUUCUCGUGGUGGUGGUCUUUCAAACCGGUACGUCCGCGGGGGGACAGUUAAUACCAAUAGUAAUAUGGCAAUCAGUACACCUGGAACGAUACCUGCUGCUGAGGCACUGAUUCGCCAAGUAUUUCUACCACGAGAACCUGCCAACGUGGAUUGGCGGGUCCGGUUACCAUCGUUAAGCAGGUUCGAUGGGGUGAAUGUUGAACUGUAUGCACUGAUAGCGGUGUUAUGUCGGACAUUUGUGUUAUCGUGGUAUGGAUCGAUAGUAGAUGAUGCAGGAUUUUUACGAGAUAUUGCACAGACUGUUGCAGAGUGUACGCGGCGAGUUGAAGAACGCUUGUUGCGCACAGAUACGUAUUCGCUACUGCUGGACGAACUGCCGCUGCUGCUAGAAAUGCACGUACGAGAUCUACGCAUGGUGCGAGCGCGGAUGGGUAGUGCGGUGCUCCCGCGAGACUCUGAGGAAGCUGCGUUUCAUGCGGUGCGGCCGUUACCAGCAUUAGACUCUCCUGAAGAUGAAAGUUUGUUUUUAAAAGUGUUGGCUAAGGGGUUGGUUGUAUCUCUUCUUGGAGAAAAAGAUGCAAUGUCUCCUGUUGCUAGGACACUUGUUGCAUCGAUUAUAGAAACUGUGGGUCUUGCGGGAACAGUGGAGAAGCUGAGUGAGCCAUGGAUGAUUUAUGAUAUGAUUACCAAGUUGUUAGAUGCAUUUGUGCCAUUAACAGAUGAUUCUAACAGCAAUGGUGGAGGGAAUGGGGGUAGGGGUGGGGGUGGGAGUGGGGGUGGGGGGAGAAGUGUUAAUACUACAAUAAAUGAAACUUCAGUGGCCAAGCUUGAGUGGUGGCCUGUUUCUCAGCAAGCUGGAGUUUUGUAUGGACGGGUUGUGAGUUAUUGCGGAGCAUUGGUUACAGCUGGUGGUCGGUGGGCCGCAUUUGUUCUUUCAUUUGCUGGUGGUGACGAGACUUCAUUAGAGCGUGCGCGGGUUCCUGUUGUUGCGAGUGGAGUUUUUUCGUGUGCAAAUGCCAUGUUACGUGUAAGCACGCAGCGGCCGUUGUUGGCUGCUGCUGUACGGGUGCUGUCAUCACCGUUUGCGUUUGGGCGGUUACGAAAGGUUGCAAAUCGAAUCACGGCGCACGGACUGGAGCGGUAUUUGACGAAUGCAGGGACAAUGACAGCUGUGAUACGUGCGGCACGCAUGGCACUAUUUUCGGAGGAAGGCACAGGGCCCAUGAAUCCAGGGAGAGUACCACCUGAUGAAGAAGAAAAGAAACAAAUCCGAGCUAGUGCCAUGAGGUCGAUUUACUUGCGAGUGCCAGAUCACGUACGCGGGGUGUUGUUUGGAGAUGAUACACGGAACGGGGUUUACGAGAUGUUAGACUUGUUUGGUAACAAGCAGGUGAAUAAGCACUUGAUUUAUAGUAUAAUUGACCACUUGGUUACGACACUUGUUCCUGAGCUGACCGAAUCUACACCACAAGAGUUAUUGGAUGAAAUCAAGGUUGGGAAGGGGAAGUGA